CUUCUCUACUUUAGUUUGGUCCUCUGUUUCUGUGUGAAAUAGAAAUACACUUGGUGGGACCCAAAAACCAAACGCCCCAUCAUCAACAACACCAACAACAAGAAAGAAUAAAGAAACAAAGAAAAUUCAUUAAAAAAUAUCAUAUGCACAAACAAGAAGAACAAGAAGAGAGGUUUCAAUAGAAUAGAAUAGAAUACAACUUCUUUGUCAAUGUCUAAGAACAUAGCCAUAUCUCAAUGGCAAAAGUGAUUCAAGAAACAACCAAGAAGAUGACACAACUCUGCAGGAAAAUUGUUCAGGUUGACGUUAAAUAUGGUAUGCUUCAAAGGGUAUCUUUUGUUGGUCAGUUUUUUAGGUUCAUUUGGAAUAAACUUAUGGUUUGUUCUGUUGGAAGAUCACCAGCUCAAUAUAGAAGAUUAUCUCUUAAUCAUUCUUCUGCUUCUUCUUCUUCUUCGUUGUCGCCGUCUCCUGCCACCGUUGAUGAUGGUUUCACACGAGAACAACAGCAUACCAAUAAUGGGUAUGAGUCAGAUUCUGAUUUGGUGAACCUUAAGAUUAGUUUGUUGGGUGAUUGUCAUAUUGGGAAAACUACUUUUUUGAUCAAGUAUGUAGGAAAUGAGGUAGAGAAGAGGAGUUUGCAAAUGGAAGGAUUGAAUUUAAUGGACAAAACUUUGUAUGUUCAAGGAGCUCGUAUUUCAUUUUGUAUAUGGGAUGUUGCAGGUGACAAAAAGUCCUUGGAUCAAAUUCCCAUGGCUUGUAAAGAUGCAGUUGCUCUACUGAUUAUGUUUGAUCUCACUAGUCGUUCUACACUAAACAAUGUUGUUGGAUGGUACAGUGAAGCAAGAAAGUGGAAUCAGACUGCAAUUCCCAUUCUAAUAGGAACCAAGUUUGAUGAUUUUGUUAGACUUCCCCCAGAUUUACAAUGGACAAUUGUAACACAGGCAAGGGCUUAUGCAAGGGCAAUGAAGGCAACCCUAUUCUUUUCAAGUGCAACACACAAUAUAAAUGUGAACAAAAUUUUCAAGUUUAUCAUGGCAAAGCUCUUUAACUUGCCUUGGACGAUAGAAAGAAAUUUGAAAGUUGGAGAACCCAUAAUUGACUUCUAAAUUGUUCUUUACGCUAAUUCCUUUGUCUAGUACAUAUAAAAUAAGAGAGGAAAAUAAGAAGAAGAAACAAAAUUGGAAAAAAGAAAGAAAACGAGUCUUUCUUUUCAUAUUGACUUGCUAGGAAGGUACCUAAUCUACGUGUUAUUUUAGGCCAUUUUGACUACAUUUUAGAGGGUGAUGAGAACAUGAAUAGUGUGGCUCAUUUUUUUGGUGUCAUUGGUAUAAUUUCCUUAGUUGGGUGAGGCCAAAGCCACGUGUAUUUUGGUAUUUUGUACAUGUGUUGUGAGAUAAAUAUGUUCAUAAAUUAUCCUAAAGGAAAGGAAGAGAAAAGGAACAAGAUUACAUAAUAUUUGGUUC